AUCAGAUAGGAUCGUCCGAUGGGGCUCUGGUGGCGUGAUCUGCGCGCCCCAGGCGUCAAGCACCCACACCCUAGAAGGUUUCCGCAGCGACGUCGAGGCGCUCAUGGUUGCAGGCGUGCGCCGCCGUUCAGUUCAGGGUCCGAGCCUGGAGGAGUGAGCCAGGUAGUGAGACUGGCUCGGGCGGGCCGGGACGCGUCGUUGCAGCAGCGGCUCCCAGCUCCCGGCCAGGAUUCCGCGCGCCCCUUCAGGCGCCCUGCUCCUGAACUUCAGCUCCUGCACAGUCCUCCCCACCGCAAAGCUCAAGGCGCCGCCGGCGUGGACCGUGCACGGCCUCUAGGUCUCCUCGCCAGGACAGCAACCUCUCCCCUGGCCCUCAUGGGCACCGUCAGCUCCAGGCGGUCCUGGUGGCCGCUGCCACUACUGCUGCUGCUGCUCUUGGGUCCCGCGGGCGCCCGUGCGCAGGAGGACGAGGACGGCGACUACGAGGAGCUGGUGCUAGGCUUGCGUUCCGAGGAGGACGGCCUGGCCGAAGCACCCGAGCACGGAGCCACAGCCACCUUCCACCGCUGCGCCAAGGAUCCGUGGAGGCUGCCCGGCACCUACGUGGUGGUGCUGAAGGAGGAGACCCACCGCUCGCAGUCAGAGCGCACUGCCCGCCGCCUGCAGGCCCAAGCUGCCCGCCGGGGAUACCUCACCAAGAUCCUGCAUGUCUUCCAUGACCUUCUUCCUGGCUUCCUGGUGAAGAUGAGUGGCGACCUGCUGGAGCUGGCCUUGAAGUUGCCCCAUGUCGACUACAUCGAGGAGGACUCCUCUGUCUUUGCCCAGAGCAUCCCGUGGAACCUGGAGCAGAUUACCCCUCCACGGUACCGGGCGGAUGAAUACCAGCCCCCUGAUGGAGGCAGCCUGGUGGAGGUGUAUCUCCUAGACACCAGCAUACAGAGCGACCACCGGGAAAUCGAGGGCAGAGUCAUGGUCACCGACUUCGAGAAUGUGCCCGAGGAGGACGGGACCCGCUUCCACAGACAGGCCAGCAAGUGUGACAGUCAUGGCACCCACCUGGCAGGGGUGGUCAGCGGCCGGGAUGCCGGCGUGGCCAAGGGUGCCAGCAUGCGCAGCCUGCGUGUGCUCAACUGCCAAGGGAAGGGCACGGUUAGCGGCACCCUCAUAGGCCUGGAGUUUAUUCGGAAAAGCCAGCUGGUCCAGCCUGUGGGGCCACUGGUGGUGCUGAUGCCCCUGGCGGGUGGGUACAGCCGCGUCCUCAACGCCGCCUGCCAGCGCCUGGCGAGGGCUGGGGUCGUGCUGGUCACCGCUGCCGGCAACUUCCGGGACGAUGCCUGCCUCUACUCCCCAGCCUCGGCUCCCGAGGUCAUCACAGUUGGGGCCACCAAUGCCCAGGACCAGCCGGUGACCCUGGGGACUUUGGGGACCAACUUUGGCCGCUGUGUGGACCUCUUUGCCCCAGGGGAGGACAUCAUUGGUGCCUCCAGCGACUGCAGCACCUGCUUUGUGUCACAGAGUGGGACAUCGCAGGCUGCUGCCCACGUGGCUGGCAUUGCAGCCAUGAUGCUGUCUGCCGAGCCGGAGCUCACCCUGGCCGAGUUGAGGCAGAGACUGAUCCACUUCUCUGCCAAAGAUGUCAUCAAUGAGGUCUGGUUCCCUGAGGACCAGCGGGUACUGACCCCCAACCUGGUGGCCGCCCUGCCCCCCAGCACCCAUGGGGCAGGUUGGCAGCUGUUUUGCAGGACUGUGUGGUCAGCACACUCGGGGCCUACACGGAUGGCCACAGCCAUCGCCCGCUGCGCCCCGGAUGAGGAGCUGCUGAGCUGCUCCAGUUUCUCCAGGAGUGGGAAGCGGCGGGGCGAGCGCAUGGAGGCCCAAGGGGGCAAGCUGGUCUGCCGGGCCCACAACGCUUUUGGGGGUGAGGGUGUCUACGCCAUUGCCAGGUGCUGCCUGCUACCCCAGGCCAACUGCAGCGUCCACAUAGCUCCACCAGCUGGGACCGGCAUGGGGACCCGUGUCCACUGCCACCAGCAGGGCCACGUCCUCACAGGCUGCAGCUCCCACUGGGAGGUGGAGGACCUUGGCACCCACAAGCCGCCUGUGCUGAGGCCACGAGGUCAGCCCAACCAGUGCGUGGGCCACAGGGAGGCCAGCAUCCACGCUUCCUGCUGCCGUGCCCCAGGUCUGGAAUGCAAAGUCAAGGAGCAUGGAAUCCCGGCCCCUCAGGAGCAGGUGACCGUGGCCUGCGAGGAGGGCUGGACCCUGACUGGCUGCAGUGCCCUCCCUGGGACCUCCCACGUCCUGGGGGCCUACGCCGUAGACAACACGUGUGUGGUCAGGAGCCGGGACAUCAGCACCACAGGCAGCACCAGCGAAGAGGCCGUGGCAGCCGUUGCCAUCUGCUGCCGGAGGCGGCACCUGGCGCAGGCCUCCCAGGAGCUCCAGUGACAGCCCCAUCCCAGGAUGGGUGUCUGGGGAGGGUCAGGGGCUGGGGCUGAGCUUUAAAAUGGUUCCGACUUCUCCCUCUCUCAGCCCUCCAUGGCCUGGCCCGAGGGAAUGGGGAUGCUUCCACCUUUCUGGAGCUGUUGGCCUGGCCCUUGAGUGGGGCAGGCUCCUUGCCUGGAACUCAAUCACUCUGGAUGCCUCCUCUCCAGGUGGAGGUGCCAGGAAGCUCCCUCACUCACUGUGGGGCAUUUCACCAUUGAAACAGGUCGAGCUGUGCUCGGGUGCUGCCAGCUGCUCCUAACGUGCCGAUGUCUGUGGGCAGAAUGACUUUUAUUGAGCUCUUGUUCUGUGCCAGGCAUUCAAUCCUCGGGUCUUCACCAAGGAGGCAGGAUUCUUCCCGUGGAUAGGGGAGGGGGUGGUAGGGGCUGCAGGGACAAACAUCGUUGGGGGGGUGAGUGUGAAAGGUGCUGAUGGCCCUCAUCUCCAGCUAACUGUGGGGAAGCCCCUUGGGGCUUCCUGAUUAAUGGAGGCUCAGCUUUCUGGAUGGCAUCUAGCCAGAGGCUGGAGACGGGCACGCCCCUGGUGCUCACAGGCUGUGCCUUGGUUUCCUGAGCCACCUUUACUCUGCUCUAUGCCAGGCUGUGCUAACAACACCCAAGGGUGGCCUGCAGGGAGCCAUCACCUAGGACUGACUCGGCAGUGUGCAGUGGUGCACGCAACGUCUCAGCCAACCUGCUCCACUACCCGGCAGGGUACACAUUCGCACCCCUGCUUCACAGAAGAAGAAACCUGGAACCAGAGGGGGCGUGCCUGCCAAGCUCACACAGCAGGAACUGAGCCAGAAACCCAGAUUGGGCUGGCUCUGAAGCCAAGCCUCUUCUUACUUUACCCGGCUGGGCUCCCCAUUUUUACGGGUAACAGUGAGGCUGGGAAGGGGAACACAGACCAGGAAGCUCAGUGAGUGAUGACAGAACGAUGCCUGCAGGCACGGAACUGUUUCCGUAUCACCUAGGCCUGAUUCACUGGCCUGGUGGAGAUGCUUCUAAAGCAUGGUCGGGGGAGAGGGACACCUGUCCCUCCUUGAGCACCAGCCCCACCCAAGCAAGCCAACAUUUAUCUUUUGGGUCUGUCCUCUCUGUUGCCUUUUUACAGCCAACUUUUCCAGACCUGUUUUGCUUUUGUAAUUUGAAGAUAUUUAUUCUGGGUUUUGUAGCAUUUUUAUUAAUAUGGUGACUUUUUAAAAUAAAAACAAACUUUGUCCUAACUCUUGCAUAGACUUGACUGCCUAGGGUGAUGCCUUGCUUAUACUAGGAACUGGGUAAGUUUGUUGAAUAGUUGAGUAAGCCAAGUGUUUGAUGAGUACUUGUAUCUUGAGUACAAGUAUUGGGCAAGUACUGGUGAUGUGAACUUACUCCUUGUGCCUAUCCCAGGAAUGAAAUGAAUGUCUUCCUGCAGCUCCCCUGACCACCCUGGCAGUCAAAGUGCCUCCUCCUUGGUGACAGGUGCCCUACAGCACUCUAGAUGCUCUGUUGUCCUGACCUCCCAAUGCCCUUUUCAUUCUUUUCUCCCCAGUACCUGGCACAGAGCCUGGCCCAAGUAUUUAUGGAAUAAGUUACACUGCCAGAUGCCUCUGUAAUGAGCCAGUGCUAAGUCCAUGGCUUUUUUCAUGAUUUAAAAUUCAGAACAGUCUCAGGUUGGGUGCAAUGGCUCAUACCUGUAAUCUCAGUACUUUGGGAGGCUGGGGCAGGAGGAUUGCUUGCGUUUAGGAAUUCAAGACCCUGGGCAACAGUGAGACCCCGUCUCUACAAAAAAAUUUAAAAGAUUAGCGAGGUGUGGUAGCAUACGCCUGUGGUCCCGGCUACUCAGGAGGCUGAUGUGGGAGGCUUGCUUAAGCUGGGAGGCUGAGAGUGCAGUGAGCUGUAAUUACAUCACUGCACUACAGCCUGGGUUACAGAGUGCAUAAUGAUCCCAUUCAAUGUGGGACCUCCAGGCCCUCCACUCUAAGGCUGGUGAAUAUAGCUGUCUUAAGCAAGUUCUAUCUCUACACAGCCCAUGUCAUAAGGAAUCUCAGGCAAAAAUCCUCCCAGAUUACAUUUUCUGACAAUUCAGUGUCAUAUAUGGAAAGCAUUCAAGAGUUGACAGAUGGCAAUGGCUUGAACACCCAACUGUGUAUCUCUGCCCAUUGGAACCUAGGCCUGUGGUGCAACCCUAGACUCUCUCUCCUUCCCCUCCACAGAAUCAAGUAUCAGCUGGUUAGAUAUCCACACCCUGACAGCUCUGUGAUGUUGGAACAACUUGGUUCUUGCAGAGGGUUAGCAGGUGGCCACCAAGGAUCGGGGAGGAAGGGGUGUGGCUUGUAGGAAGAGGAAGAUCUGGACUAGCAAAUAGGGAAGGGGACCCAUGUGAGCAACGCUGGCCACUAGAAAUGAGACUGAGACCUGUGGUAUCUAGCAAGAAGCCCAGUGUGACCAGCGACACGAUCUAUGCUGGGGACCACUUGGAAGAGCCAAAAGCUUUGGUGGAGAUGAAUGGAGACCAUCAACCUAAGUUCAGCAUCCUCCUUUAAGCUUUGCACAUGAAUCCUAAAAUGGUCAGCCUCUCCAGAGAAAAGAAUAGCAAAAGGCUCAGAGGACCCACAGUCCCCUUUAUUAGUGUAAAGUACUAAGAGGAAUCAUAACAGCACUUAGCACCAGGCACAGGCUCAUGUUCCCCCGCCCACUAAGGCUGUGUUCUGAUAUAUGAAGAAUGGCGGCAAGACUCCAACUCUGUUUU